AUGUCACUCUCGUACGAGGAACAGCGUAUCCAGAAUAUCAAGGACAAUGAAGCCUUACUUUUAUCUUUGGGACUCUCAGCUCCCGUUAUACCGAAAGCUCCAACCCGAAAAGCAGUACAGAAAAAGAAGAACGAUGAGGAGAAUGGUUCGCUCAAAGUUGAAUCUGAGAAAACACCUAGAUCAAUACGAGUUCGUCAAUCGAUUAUCGUUGAAAGCGAAAACGGUUCACCGGAAUCAAAUUCUUCUGGAUUGACGAGAAGAAGAAGCUCAAGAGCUAGAACUAGAGCUGGAGGUCUUACGAUUAAUUAUAAAGGUGAUUCACCGUUAUGGAGAGAAGACGUGCCCGUGCAAAGGAGAAAGAGAACCAGGGAUGAAAAUGAUGGCAGCGAUGAUGACAAGGACAAGGAGGGAGAUGAUUGGAGGCAAAGAAAAGCUCAAAAAUUAGGUACAAGAACAGAAGAUCCUAAAUCCUUCGGUCAUAUACCAGGAGUAGAAGUUGGUACAUGUUGGCCUACGAGGAUGGAUUGCUCUACAGAUGCCGUACAUGCACCAACCGUAGCUGGGAUUUCAGGAAACGCGGAGGUUGGAGCUUGGAGCGUUGCACUGAGUGGAUACGCUUUCACAUAUACUGGAUCAGGUGGAAGGGAUCUAAAAGGGACCAAAACCAAUCCGAAGAAUCUGAGAACGGCUGAACAGAGCUAUGAUCAGAGUUUCGAUAACAGAUUCAACGCAGCGUUAAAAAAAUCAUCCGAAACUCGAAAACCUGUUCGAGUAAUACGUGGAUUCAAGCUCCCUUCAGUCUAUGCUCCCGCAGAAGGAUAUAGGUAUGAUGGUUUAUACAUAGUUGAAAAAGCUUGGAUGGCAAAAGGGUUAACAAAAGGACUGAGAGUUUGUAGAUAUGCUUUUAGGAGAAUAGAGGGACAACCUGAAUUACCUGUUAAAGUUGGUGACGAUGAAGAAGAGCAAGAGGAAGAAGCGGAUGAAGAUGUCGUUGAGGAACUGAAAAAUGUCAAGGAAGAGAAAGUGGAUCUUGUAAAACUGGAGAGACAGAAGGAUGAGGCGAUUCAUCAAGGCAAUAGCAACGACGAGAAAAUGGAUGAUACGGAACAGCAACAACCUGAAAAGGAAGUACAGAGUGCGAACGCUCUUGGAAAAAUGUUCAAGACGUUCAAAAGCGUUAUGGAGGCGAUCAUACCUACCAGAUCAAAGGAAAGUAAGCCGUUGGUCAUGGCGGGUGAGGAUGAGGGUAUGUCAGAGAGCAAUAUUCAACGUCGAACUAGUCUCAGACGAACUACUACGCGAACUUAG